UCUCCUGACCGGAGGAAGCGAAUAUCUGGGCAGCAUCGCACAAAGUUAUCGUGGCCGAAUUCGGGAUAAGGGUGAAGACGUCAGUCGGGAAGCCUUCGGGGUUUUGAGGACGUGGAGGGGGUCUUAGGAUGUAUAUAAGCUUGCAUCGCGCUCUUGUAGGAUAGGAGAAGUUUGUCAGCGACAGUUCCAACCAAGAACAGCUUCCAGCACUUAAUCGAUCACGAUAUCUAAUGGGAUCUAUACUCAGCAAAGUUAACAAGAAAAAAUCCGAAAUGGCUACUACUCCCGUUGCAAUGACCUACUACGCGAAAGCGUCGAGCGUCAAGCCGCCACUGAUCGCCAACGACAAUGCGUUCCUCGGAGACGUAUCUUCAUCUGACAAGCUCGACCCCGAGAAGCCCAUAUCCGCUGGAUUUUACCGACUCGAGAAGGGAACUCCGCUAGUAUAUGCCUACCACUACCAUGAGAUGAAAAUCAUCAUCGAGGGUAGCUUCGAUAUCAGCGACGAGGCAGGCAACAAGGUGCACGCAGUUCCCGGCGACGUCUUCUACUUCCCCAAGGGCUCCAAGAUCACCUUCACCACGGAAGAUUACGGGCUUGCCUUCUAUACCGGACAGCGAAAGGCCGAUGACGCAUAA